UUCAUAUAAGUAUUUUUCAGUUUAAAAACUCCUCUUAUUGUUGCAUUUUCUUCUCUUUCUCUAUCAGUGGUAUCAGAGCAGGCACAAUGAAUGGUCCUGUUUAGAUUUCAGUUCUUGUUUUGAAUGGCAAAAAUUACAACUGAUGGUGUGUGCAAAUGAGGGUGCUUUUUGAUUACCACGAAUUGCUAAGUGUCGUGGAGAAUGGAGUUGUUGAAAUUGCAGGAAAUGCUAAUGAUGCCCAAAAGCAUGCCUACUGUGAGAGUAAGAAAAAGGACAAGAAGGCAUUAUAUUUCAUCUAUCAAGGGGUGAAUGAUGAAGUGUUUGAGAAGAUUGAAGAUGCAGCUACAUCAAAGCAAGCAUGGGAUACCUUGAUGACAACAUACAAAGGUGCGAAGAAGGUUAAGAAGGUAAAGCUCCAAACCUUAAGACGUCAAUAUGAGCUCCUACAAAUGGAGUCUUCUGAAACUGUUGCCACUUAUAUCAAUCGAGUUCUUGCUUUGACAAACAAAAGUAAAGUAUAUGGAGAGGAGUACAACGAGCAGGCUAAAGUAGAGAAAAUCUUGCGGACACUCACACCAAAUUUUGAGCACAUUGUGGCAACAAUAGAAGAAGCCCACGAUUUGUCCCAGAUGACUGUUGAUGAGUUGUUAGUCAAAAGCAUGGCGGUUCUCGUGAAAAAGGAUGAGGACGUGGUUUCUACUUCAGCAAAGGUCAUGGUGAUCAUAACAACAAUUAUGGAAUACAAGGAUAAUACUCAAAAGGCUCAUUGUGUACAAGGAGAUGAUGAUGCUGACAGUAGCCAUGCUCUCUUGAUGGUCACUGUUGUUGGUGAAACACCAAACUUUCACACAUGGUUCCUUGACACUGGAUGUACCAAUCACAUGAGUGGCAAAAGGGAGCUAUUUGUUGAUCUUGAUCAGUCCUUUCACACAAAAGUGAAAUUUGUUGAUGAUAGAACUAUACCAGUAACUGGAAAAGGAAGAAUUCUCAUCAAUUUGAAGAAUGGAGAUCACAAAUACAUUUCAAAUGUGUUCUAUGUUCCAAGCAUGAAGAGUAAUUUGCUUAGUGUGGGCCAAUUGCUUGAAAAGGUGUAUGUUAUGAGCCUGCGUGAUAAUCAAUUCUCCAUUCUAGAUAAGCAAGGUACGCUUAUUCUUAAGUUUGGACAUCUAAAUUUCCAAAGUUUAAAAUUGCUUGCUCAAGGACAGAUGGUAAAAGGCAUGCCUAGUAUACAUAAUCUUGAUCAGUUGUGUGAAGCCUGCACUCUUGGGAAACAUCACAAAAUGCCUUUUGUAGCAGAACAACAACAACGAGCAACUCAACCACUUGAGCUUGUCCAUUUUGAUGUGUGUGGCCCAAUGAAUACAAUGUCAAAUGGCAAUAAUAGAUCUCCAACAAGGAGUGUCCAAAAUAUCACCCCUGUAGAAGCUUGGAGCGGUUUCAUGCCAAGUGUGAAACAUCUUAAGGUGUUUGGGUCUGUUGCUUAUGCUCAUGUUCCACUGAAAAUCCCACCACAAAUGAAGAAGCCUCUUCAAGCUAUGCUCAAGAAACCUCCUCAGCGCAAGCCCCGACAGAAUCUACAAGGCCACAGCGACAAUGCUGACCACCAAUAUGCUUGCAAGAUUACGAGAUGGGUAAAUGCAAUGAAUGAGGAGAUCAAGGCAAUUGAAAGGAACAAUACAUGGGUUCUUACUGAUAUUCCACAAGCUCACAAAGCAAUUGAUGUCAAGUGGGUUUUCAAGACAAAGGUGAAGUCAAAUGGCGAGACCAUUAGACUUAUAGUUGGUUUGGUUGCACAAAAUCAAUGGAAAAUCCAUCAAAUGGAUGUGAAGUCAGCUUUUCUAAAUGGCCCACUUGAAGAAGAGGUAUAUGUCAAGCAACCUCCUGGAUUCAUGAAACAAGGUAGUGAAGAUAAGGUGUACAGGUUGAAGAAAGCAUUAUAUGGUCUCAAACAAGCUCCACGAGCAUGGAACAAGUGUGUUGAUUCCUUUUUCCUCCAAGCUGGUUUCGAGAAGUGUCCCUCAGAACAUGCUUUAUAUGUGAAGAUUAACAAUUUUGGUGAUAUAUUGCUAUUGUGUCUUUAUGUUGAUGAUCUAAUAUUCAUAAGCAAUAAUCCCACAAUGAUCGAAGAUUUCAAGAAGUCCAUGAUGGGUGAGUUGGAAAUGACUGAUCUUGGGCUUGUGUCAUAUUUUCUGGGCAUUGAACAAUCUCAUAUCCAAGUAGCCAAGAGAAUCAUGAGGUACUUGAAAGGUACUCUUAAUUAUGGUUUGUUUUAUUCUUCAACAGACAAUUGUGCUAUUGUAGGCUACUCAGAUAGUGAUUGGGCUGGAGAUCUAGAUGAUCGAAAAAGCACCUCUGGAUACUGUUUCAAUUUUGGUGCUACCCGUUUCUCUUAGUCAUCAAAAAAGUAAUCUGUUGUUGCUCUA